GGCCCAGGGCGGCCCCGGGCCCGCCGCGGCGGGGAGCGUGGAGGCGAUGGCGGCGAUGAUGAUGGAGGCGAGCGGCGGGGCCCGGCGGCGGGGCGGCCCGAGGCGCUCGGCGGCGGCCACGGAGCUGUCGGGCUGGCGGCUGCGCUGCGAGGGCGGGCGGCAGCGCUGGCGGUACCUGCGGGACGGCGGCGAGCGGCGAGGGCAGAGCGCGCUGGAGGAGCACAGCCUGGGCCUGGAGACGGACCGGGCGCUGCCGCCCCUGCCCCGGGCUGGCACGGCCCCGGAGGCGGCCCGCAACGGGAUGCGGUUCUACGCGGCGCUGCAGGCCGAGGACGGGCACUGGGCGGGGGAUUACGGAGGGCCCCUCUUCCUCCUGCCAGGGCUGCUGAUCGCCUGCCACACCGCCCGGAUCCCGCUGCCCGAGGCCGUUCGGAAGGAGAUGGUGCGCUACCUGCGCUCCGUGCAGCUCCCGGACGGCGGCUGGGGCUUGCACGUGGAAGACAAGUCGACCGUGUUUGGCACAGCGCUCAACUACGUGGCCCUGAGGAUCCUGGGGCUCGGACCAGACGACCCUGACGUUGUACGGGCCCGUGUCAACCUGCACAGCAAAGGAGGUGCUGUGGGGAUCCCUUCCUGGGGGAAGUUUUGGCUGGCUGUCUUGAACGUUUACAGCUGGGAGGGAAUGAACACCCUUCUCCCAGAGAUGUGGCUGCUCCCCACCUGGUUCCCAGCCCACCCGUCGCGGCUCUGGUGCCACUGCCGCCAGGUUUACCUCCCCAUGAGCUACUGCUACGCCGCGCGCCUGGCGGCCGAGGAGGACGAGCUGAUACGGAGCCUGCGGCAGGAGCUGUAUGUGCAGGACUAUGCCAGCAUAGACUGGCCAGCCCAGAGGAGCAACGUGGCUGCCUGUGAUGUGUACACCCCGCACAGCUGGCUGCUGGGGGCUGCCUAUGCCGUCAUGAACGUGUACGAGGCCCACCACAGCAGCUGGCUGCGGCAGCGCGCCGUGGCUGAGCUCUACGACCACAUCAGGGCUGACGACAGGUUCACCAAGUGCAUCAGCAUCGGGCCGAUUUCCAAGACAAUCAACAUGCUGGUUCGCUGGUAUGUGGACGGGAAGAACUCCCCAGCUUUUCAGGAGCACGUUUCCAGGAUCCCAGACUACCUCUGGCUGGGCCUCGAUGGCAUGAAGAUGCAGGGUACAAAUGGAUCCCAGCUCUGGGAUACUGCCUUUGCCAUCCAGGCCUUCUUGGAGGCGGAAGCCCAGGAGAUGCCUGAAUUAGAGUCCUGCCUCCAAAAUGCCCACGAGUUCCUCCAGUACACCCAGAUCCCAGAGAACCCACCUGACUACCAGAAAUAUUACCGUCAUAUGAACAAGGGUGGCUUCCCCUUCAGCACUCGAGACUGUGGCUGGAUCGUGGCAGACUGCACAGCAGAGGGGCUGAGGGCAGUGAUGCUGCUGCAGGAGAAGUGCCCCUUCAUAGCCAAGCCUGUCCCCCCCGAGCGCCUCUUCGAUGCCGUGAACGUGUUGCUGAGCUUGAGGAACUCGGAUGGAGGCUUUGCCACAUACGAAACCAAGCGAGGAGGCCACUUACUGGAGCUGCUGAACCCCUCGGAGGUGUUUGGUGACAUCAUGAUUGACUACACCUAUGUGGAAUGCACAUCGUCUGUCAUGCAGGCACUGAGGCACUUCCAGGACAAGUUCCCUGAGCACAGAGCCCCAGAGAUCAGAGAGACUCUACGGAAGGGCCUGGAUUUCUGUCGCAAGAAGCAGCGAGCUGAUGGGUCGUGGGAAGGGAGCUGGGGGGUUUGUUUCACCUACGGCACCUGGUUUGGGCUGGAGGCAUUUGCCAGUAUGGAGCAGACAUACCAUGAUGGGGCUGCAUGCCGAGAGGUGGUCCAGGCCUGCCAGUUCCUCCUCUCCAAGCAGAUGGCAGAUGGUGGGUGGGGAGAGGACUUCGAGUCCUGCGAGCAGCGCACCUACGUGCAGAGUGCCACCUCGCAGAUCCACAACACGUGUUGGGCCCUGCUGGGGCUCAUGGCUGUCAGGUACCCUGACAUCAGUGUGCUGGAAAGGGGCAUCAAGCUGUUGAUUGAGAAGCAGCUGCCCAAUGGAGACUGGCCUCAGGAGAACAUUGCUGGGGUCUUCAACAAGUCGUGUGCCAUCAGUUACACCUCCUACCGCAACGUCUUCCCCAUCUGGGCGCUGGGGAGGUUCUGCUGCCUCCAUCCCCACAGCCCCCUGGCUGGGCAGCUGCAGGCACAGACCUCCUCUGGGGCUGGCAGGAUGGUGCAGGAGGCCUUGUCUGCCUGAGCCCAGCCCACCACAGGUGCCACAGCCUCUGGCUUGUCCUAGGUAGCAGCUGCUGGGGUGGGAUAUCUCUGGGUGCUGAUCCAAACAGCUGGAGCACUUCCUCUGCCAGGGAGCAGUGCUGCUGUGGUGCUGCAGAGCCUCUGCUUUUCUGUCCAACCUCUUCUAAAAAUCCACUUUUAAAGAUGUAUUGUUUUUUCUCCCAGGUAUGUCCUCCCUCACAGGGUGGGGAGUGAAGUGCCUUUUCAGACCAGUUUGGUGAUCUAAGAGAAAGCUGCCAAGCUGUGUUGUGUUACAUUCCCAGACAGACUCUCUGUCAGCCUGGGUAGAGCAGGGCUGCCUUUACCUCCCUGUGGUGCUGCCCAGGUGGGCUGUGUGCAGCCAGAGUGCAGGGUCUGGGGCCUCCCCUGUGCCCUGCACUGUGAUGGGGUGUAUGGCACCAUCCCUGCUGAGCUGGCAUCUGUGCAGUGGUGCAGUGACUGCCUUGGAGGUGCUCUAUGCUGGGAGGGGAAGGGCACCUGCCCUCCCCCAGUCAGAUGGGAAAGAGGAGUGCUUGGCUCAGUUUUCUUAGCGUUCUGUCCCCCAGCUGGUGGCACCUGCCUUCCUAGGGCCUCACAGGUGAAGUCAUCAGCAUCAUUCCCACUGUGAAAAAGGAGGAGCUUGAAGCAGAAAGCACUGGUUGUGUCCCUGGGCUCCAGCCUUCCUGCAGUGCAGCAGGUGCCUGUGGUUAGGCUAUGGGGCAGUUGGGCAUUCACAUGGACUGACAGGUCAAUAAAGUGCUAAUGAUGUUGCAAGUGAAA